GUUGAAUCCAAUAUGGCGCCGUGUUUGCUAUUGAAGUGCACUACGCAGGGCGAUAAAUAAUAACCCGUGCACACUAUAUAGUGAGUUUAUGUUUAAGGAGAGCACAUUUUAGGACACAGCCGCAGUGUCGCUGUUAGUGAAGUUAGCUAGCAUAUCCGACUAGUGUUAGUUUCGCUAUUCGGUUUCGUGUAAUUUGAGCAUGAAGUAUAUUAGAGAGUAUAAAGAAUAGGAAAAGUGUGUUAUCUGUAGUAUGUCAGCUGUGUGCAGGACAGGGUUGAGUUGCUGCUGAUGUUUUUCACCUCUGACAGGAAAUAAAAACGAGGUUUUGCUCGAGGUUUAGGAGUGUAACUUUGAGACAGAAGCAGUAACAUGCUCAGACUUGAUGCAGCUUUUAGGUUUACAGGGUGUGUGUGUGAGCAGAUGUGAGCAGAUGUGAGCAGAUGUGAGUGUGCAGGUGUUAAUUUACAGACAGAGCAGGAUUUCAGACAGAAAAGUGCAGGAUGUCUGACGGGGAUGAUGAUGUGCCUCUCAUCUUAACCUGGGAUGAAACAGCUGAUCUGCUGGAGGAGAACGGCGUCGGGACCUACGAUGCUCUAAACAACAUGAGCAACCCCACAGCCCCGGACUCCAACUGCCCGAAUUCCUUGCGGCAGAGUUGGGAGAUGAACUACCAGGAAGCAGCCAUAUAUCUGCAGGAAGGGGAGAAUAAUGAUAAGUUUUACACACACCCGCGGAACCCCCGCGCUCUCAGUGCCUACCUGUUCGUCCACAAUCACCUGUUCUACCUGAUGGAGCUUCUGACCGGAACGCUGCUCAUGCUGCUGUCACUGUCCGAGGCUCCGGCUGUUCCCCCGCUCCGACUCGACGUCUACGUUCAUGCCACUCUGGAGCUCUUGGCGUUGGUGAUGGUGGCCUUUGAGUUGUGUAUGAAGCUCCGGUGGCUCGGCUUUCACACGUUCAUACGGCACAAGAGAACCAUGGUGAAGGCGAGUGUGUUGCUGAUCCAGUUCGUCGAGGCGAUCGUAGUGUUAGUGAGACAGACGUCUCACCUGCGCGUGACCCGAGCCCUCAGACCCAUCUUCCUCGUCGACUGUCGCUACUGCGGUGCCGUGCGCAGGAACCUGCGUCAGAUUUUCCAGUCGCUUCCUCCGUUCAUCGACAUCCUCCUCCUCCUGCUCUUCUUCAUGGUCAUCUUCGCCAUCCUCGGCUUCUGUCUGUUCUCCACCAACCCAGCCGACCAUUAUUUUAAUACGCUGGAGAACAGUAUAGUGAGUUUGUUCGUUUUGCUCACUACUGCAAAUUUCCCGGACGUGAUGAUGCCGGCGUACUCGCGGAAUCGCUGGUCCUGCAUUUUCUUCAUCGUUUAUCUCUCCAUCGAGCUCUACUUCAUCAUGAACCUCCUCCUGGCCGUGGUGUUCGACACGUUUAACGGUGUGGAGAAAGUGAAGUUCAAGUCGCUUCUUCUACACAAACGCUCUGCGAUCGAACAUGCCUUCCAGCUGCUGGUGAGCCGCCAGGUUGUGUUUGUGUUACAGGAGGGUGUGACAUCACAGACGAGUCACUGGAGUCGCCUUUACUUCAUGACCUUCUAUAUCGUCACCAUGGUUGUCAUGACGAUAAUCGUGGCAUUCAUCCUCGACGCGUUUGUGUUCCGGAUGAACUACAGUCGCAAAAACAGAGAACCACAAGACGACCUGGAAGAUGAGAAGGGGAUCGUGUUUGAAGCAGAAGUGUCUCGUGGUGAAGCGUUACAGACGCUGGAACUUUACAAACACACACUUGCUGGGACGAACAUCAGCUCGCUGCAGGAAAUGUGUGUGUCCAUGGACAGGAAUGGGCUCUCGAGUGUAGUGUUCCAGGGUCGAAGGUCGCGCACUAAAAGUGACCUGAGCAUGAAGAUGUAUCAGGAGGAGAUACAGGAAUGGUAUGAAGAAUAUUCCAGAACGAAUCUACCUCAGCCUGACUGUGCGCUCCAUCCAGACCUGGACAGCUCUGAUCCCUUACACAGCAUCAACUGAUACACACACACACACACACACACACACACACACACACACACGAAUCAUGAACACCUGACCGCACACACACACACACACACACACUCCAGGAUGAAUGUUGUUUUAUGUAGAUGAGGGACCUUCUCGGCCGUCUUUCUCCUCCUAAUAAAGGCUGCGUUGUGGGUCACCAUAGCGACGACCCCUUCCUGUAUUCUCCAUCGACUUCCGGGUCACACCUAGCAGAACUGAUUAGCCAACAGAAAGCCUUAUUUCUCUCCGCAUCCUUCUGGUUUCGUGACCAAUCAGGGAAAGACCAGCUGUCGGAUUGCACUCGGGUCCAGGAACCAUUUUAUUUUGUUUUAUUUUUCAGAAGCACAAAUGACCUUCUCCUCUCUUUUUUUUUUUUUUU